UUUAAGAUUCUUAAUGGAUUUUAAUUUAUGCUUUUGAGUUCAUUUAAUUGGUUUCUCUUUAAUUAAAUUUAAUUUGCGUUCUUCAUGGUCCAACUAAUUGCUUUGUUUGACACUGGUUUCAAUUUACUUUAAUUCCACUGGAAAUUUUAUUCCUUCAUCUCUUCAGUUUCUUUCAAGGUUUUGGUUUCAUCUAAACCAAAGAAGCUUUUUUCUUUCUCUCUUGUGUUUUGUUUUAUUUUUUUGGUGAUCUUUUGAUUUCUGUUCUUUUUUCGUGAUAAUCAUGAUGACUACGGAUGGAAAUGUUGAUCGUCAGCUUCUCGCUUUAUAUAAUCAGAAUUGUAUCAGCAAGACUGAUCAAGAAUAUCUUUAUAGGUGUGAACUAUGUCGGAUUAAAUUCAAAGAAUAUGUCCUUUCUUCGCAUAUCUCAGAAGAUAGAAAACAUCGGAAUAAACGUACUUCAUUCAAGGAAGAUAUCACUAUCUUCAGUUUGCCUGAACCCUGUAAAGCUCAAUUACGUGCCAUUGAUGGAAUGGUUGAAAGAUAUUCUGGUAGAUUAUUGACUGAAAAGCAAAAAGAUCUUCGAAUGGCAGCAGUCCGAGAGAUUGAAGCGACAAUUAAUGUUUGGUUUCCUGGAACAAGGAUCUAUUUAAGACCCUACGGUUCAAUAGUAUCAGGAUUUGCUUUGGACAAUUCUGAUGUUAAUGUUGAAUUAGUUUUGGAAAAUGAAGAUAAAUAUAAUUCUGCUCAGAUAUUGCAAAAUGUUGCAAUGAAAAUGUCAUUAGAUAUGGAAGUUUAUACUGAGAUUCAGAAAGAGUUUGACAUCUCAUCUCCAAGGUUCUCGUUUCGGUAUUCAUCUCAUUUUCUUGGUCAAGAAAAACCGAAAAUUCAUUUUGGUGUUUACUCCAGUUCAAGUCUUGAGGUUGCUGAACUAUUGGCAAAAUAUGAAUCCUUUGAUCCAAGAGUCGCUAAACUUGCCGCUUGCUUCAAAUUAUGGGCCCGUAAUUGUGGAUUUGAUCGAGCCGAUCAUGGUUUCUGGCCAUCACACUCUUUUCACAUUAUGGUGAUCCAUUUUCUACAACAAACUUCACCUCCCGUUUUACCAAGUCUUUUCCCACUUGAUGGAUCAACACCAUCCAAAGAAGCGAUAGAAGAAAAAUAUUCAGUUUUAAGAAGCAAUUGGCCUUCACGAAAUAAACAAACUCUUGGUCAAUUGUGGUUACAACUUUUGGCUUAUUACGCCAAAGAUUUCAAUAGAGAUAAUGUUGUUAACAUUCGUGGCCUUGAAUUAACUUUGUCUUCCAAAAAUUGGACUACCUGCAUUCUUGCUGUUGAAGAUCCAGUCCACCAUAGUCAUAAUUUGAGUCGGAGUAUCGGAAGAAAAGAACUGUAUUACAAUUAUCAACACAAUUUGCUUAGAACCUACAGAUACUUCAUGAUUCCUCGAACUGCAGAAAGGUGUCUUAUUAAUCUUGACGAUUUCAGCCAAGAACUUCGUUCACCUUGUUUCCGAACGUUAAUGGCUUCUGAAGAUAGUGAUGAUGAUGAAACGAAAGACAAAGGAUCAGAUGAAGAAUUUGAUGCUGACGAAUCUCGUGGUGAAACAAAAGCAAGUAAAAAAGAACUUAAUUUUACUUAUAAUAUAAAACUGGCCAAGAAAUUCGGAAUUUCUUACCGUCUUAAAGACGAAAUUAGUGUAAGAUGGGCUUCUCUUACACACGAACACUUUUGGUAUACACUAGAGUUUCAUCUUAACCCUUGUUUCAAAUUACCACAAAAGUAUUGUAUAAAAUGUAAACGUAUCGAUCAUUUCAAAAAGGAUUGUCCCGCUGAGAAGUUACCUGAUUUGAUUCCUGUUCCUAGCACUUUGUUUCCAGAACAAUCAGCUCGAUUAGACGAAGUUUGCUCUAGACUUUAUUACAGCGAACGAUUGGACGAUAAUUAUGAACAAGUUCAUGAAUCUAUAUUGGAAUCACUCACGAGUUUGGUUCGUGAGAUUUAUCCUGACGCUAACUUGCAACUUUUUGGCUCAUCUAAAAAUGGUUUUGGUGCAAAAAAAUGUGAUCUUGAUAUUUGUUUGACUUUUAGAGAUAAUGAAGAUGGUAGAGGUAUUGAUCAAACGGAAGUCAUUAAAAAACUUGCUGAUGAAUUUAAGAAACAUGGCCAAAGGAUCUCAAAUUUACAACCAAUUCCACAGGCUAAAGUUCCAGUGCUUAAAUUGCGAUUCAAAUCAAAUCGAAAAAUUGUAAAAGGAAGAUCAACUCCAGAACAUUUCGACUGUGAUAUUAGUCUGUACAAUCUACUCGCAAGCCAUAAUACCAGGUUACUUCGUACCUAUUGUCAAGUCGAUGAUCGUGUGGCGAUGUUGGGAUUCACUGUCAAACAAUUUUUCAAGAAAUGUGGUAUCUGUGAUGCAUCCAAAGGGAGUCUAUCAUCUUACGCUUAUACUCUGAUGACUCUUUACUAUCUACAAAGAUGCAGCCCUCCAGUUAUACCAAUUUUACAAGAGCUUUAUGAUGGUGACUCUCCACCGGAGCGAACUGUCGAUGGUUACAAUACAUGGUUUUUCGAUGAUAUUGAUUCACUUGCACAACGAUGGACUCACUACAAUUCUAAUAAGCUAACUGUUGGUAAUCUAUUCUAUGGAUUUUUAAAAUUUUACGCUGAAAUUUUUCCAUUCGAAGCAUUGGUUGUUUGUAUCCGGCGAUCACAAGAUCUCACAAAAAUGGAAAAGAAAUGGACUGGAAGGCGUAUUGCUAUUGAGGAUCCAUUCUUACUUUCUCACAAUCUUGGCCAAGGUAUCGAAUCAGAGAUGGCUCGUUACAUUAAAGCCUCUAUAAUUCUUGGAAGAAAUCGAUUAGGUAAUCAACCUGAUAAUUUUGAUGGAUAUAAUUCGUGGACUGAUUAUUUCUUUGAUGCUCGUUAUCUAAAUGAUGGACCUUUUCCAAGAGGUCGAGGAUGUCAUUAUUGCAGCAGGAUUGGUCAUCAAAAGAAUAACUGCCCUGAGAGAAUUAGAGGUAAAAAUAAAGCCCAAGUUCUCAAUAGGAUCAAACAAGCUUGUGAUAAAAGGCCAGAGAAUCUUCGUAAAAUCAAUGUAAGAUUAGUCGCUGUGAGUAAAACAAAACCAAAACAAUUAAUUAUCGACGCUUAUGGUUAUGGACAAAGACAUUUCGGUGAAAAUUAUGUUAAUGAACUUUCUGAGAAAAGUCAUGAUCAAGAGUUGUUGAAUAAAUGUCCAGAUAUUCAAUGGCACUUCAUUGGGAGAGUACAGAAGAAGCAGAUUAACAAAUUACUUGGAUCAAAAAACUUGAGUAUUUGGGAGACAAUUGAUAGUCAAUUGAUUGCUGAUCUUGCCAAUUCCUCAUUGAAACGCAACUUUCCUGGCAAAAGAGUGAAAAUUAUGGUCCAAGUUAAUACAAGCGGAGAGGAAAAUAAAGGUGGAGUGGAGCCUGAAAAGGUUGUUGAUUUGGUUAAUCAUAUACGUACUAAUUGUCAAUCACUCGAGUUGGUUGGUCUUAUGACUAUUGGCUCUUACGAUAAUAGUCAAAGUGAUGAUCUUAAUCCCGAUUUUGAACAAUUAGUUAAAUGUAAACAUGAAGUUUGCAGUAAAUUUGACUACGAUCCUGAUGAAUUUGAGUUAUCAAUGGGAAUGUCAUCUGAUUUCGAGACUGCGAUUCUAAUGGGAAGUAGUAAUGUGCGAGUCGGAAGUACGAUUUUUGGGCGACGAGAGUACAAAAAGUAACCAAAUUUGAUGAAAUAAUCACGAACAAUUUUCCAGCCAAAUGAUGAACUGAUUUUGGAUUUUCUGAUUAGUUUACCAAAUUUAUUUUCCAAUUAAUGAAUAUUAACGAUUAUGAACCAUUGAAUUUUUGAAUUUAAUCUAAAGAUUUCAAAAUAGAUACUUUAUAAGUUCGACUCUUUCUAAUAGUUAAUGAUUUAUUCUCGGGACUAAUCGAUUAUUUUCGAUUUCGAUCGUACAAUUAAGCUAAAUUCAUAAUUUAGAUCAGUUUCAAAAGUGAACAAAUUUAAACAAGAAGGACCUGAGUCUCAUCUACACUAAUACAUUGAGCUCCAGUUCAAUGUUAUAAGCGAGUAAGCAAUUAGGUGCAUUCGCUAAAUGGUUUGGUCAUCGAUUGAAUUAAGUACAGUAGUAAUUUCACUUGAAGAAUAUCAAUUUUUUCUUUCGACUGUAUAUCGAAGUGUCAGUUACAAAAGUUUGGCGAAUAGUUUAUGGAUCCAUAGAAUCGUAUCGAGAACUAAGAUAAAAAUACUAUUUUCUAGAAUUGAUAUCGAAAUAAGUUGGAAUUUUUCCAUGAAAAUCGAAAAAAAUCAUUUUGUUAAACAUACGAAAAUUUCGGUAUUUGUCACAUCAAUCGUUAAAUUAUUUCUCUUUGUGAAUAUUUUUCGCUCCAACAAAAUGCCGACAAUACGCAAAGAAAUAUCAACACAAAAAGUGAUCAAGUAUCGGUAAAAGUAUCGAUACAAAAAUUUGUUGUUUAUUUUUUUCUCUCUUGUUUUUGUUGUUGUUUUAAACGAAUUGAUAUUUACCUUUAAUGUCCGACAAUUUGAACUGCAUGGGGACCGAUAUGAGAAUGGCGGAGGUACAAAAGUACGAAAUGUUGAAGCGAUAUUACAGUUACUUCGAGAACCAAAGGAUGGACAAUAAAGAUGUUCCUUGUUUAGACAAUUGUUCAUUGAGAACAAGCAAAUUACAAAAACUUGAAUUGGAAUUGCAAAAAGUUCAUGCGGCCCAUGAAGAGUUGACUAUGUCUUUCACUAGAAUGGAAAAUUGAGAAAACAUGCGUCUCAAAUUGGAAAUAGACAUUGGAAUUCUGAGAGAAGAGAAUAAUAACCUAAAAGCAGAAAGAGAUCUUCAGAAAAAUGAACUGGAAGCUCAAAGAUUAACGAUUAAGGAACAAAGGGAAUUGAUUAAUCUUCUUGACAAUUCACUCAAAGCCUCACAAAGAACCGUCGCUGAACUGGAAGGUGAACUGUACAGACUAAAGUCAUCGGAAAGAAACUCAAGUCAACUCGCUAAUACAGUUACGAGCAAUCGAUCAUCGUCACUGAAUCUGUUCACCUCCGCCUCAGGUUCCAAUUCUAAUUGCAGUUCACAGGAAAAUAACGCCAAUCUAAUCACGACCGAUGAAACCAAUAACAGCAACAAUCGAAGCUCCAUAAUCAGAGCUCUUUUAGCGGAAAGAAAAAAUUUCUCCGACCAUCUAAUAAGAAAGUGAUCACUAAUCAAUUAGCCAUAUUAUUUUUCCCCUUCUCUUCCUCGUGUAUCAAAAAUUAAACAUCUCAAUUGUUUCAUUUAUAUUAGUUAAUCAUCUAUCUUAUCAUGUAAAAUGUACAACAUAUCAAAGUCACAUAGACACUUAACUAAAUCGCCCAAAAGUGCUAAUAAACUCAUCGCGCCAUAAGAAAAA